AUCACGCCGGAGAAAUUUGUGAAGCAGAUGAGUUAAUUUUCUCCGUAAUUGUUGAUAUUUUUUCUCGAAAUUCUGGAAAUUUUGAAGCUCUCUGUAGUUCCUGCAAUGGUGGAGAUUUGAGUUUCAGCACUGUAUAUUUGUCUCAGAAGAGGUUCAACUUCUGCGAUUGCACUGCUAGAUUUUUCGUCUGUUUCAUCAUUUCAGAGAAAAAGCUUUUGAUCUGUUGAAGUUUUCUGUCAGCUUGCAAUUUUCCUUUUUGAGCUCGAACGUCAUUGUUGUACUAUUUCUGGGUUUCCUUCUCCUGAUUCAAAUAUAUUCCUCCGCAGAAAGCAACAACAUUCAAGAUUAUAUAUAUUAUUGCUCUAAUUAUUUGGGUUAAAAAUAAGGUUUGAAACCUUCAAUGGCUGGGGUUUAAGCAUUUUUUGAGGUUUUGGUGUUUCUUUUGUUUUCUCUGAUUUAUAUAAAUGGAGGAAAAGGAGAGUUUUGGUUCUGGGCUUGUGCUGAAGGAUAACGAUGCCCCGGACAGCUUCCACGUAGCUUCGAGGAAUGAAAACUCCGGUCAGUUCACCGGCGGGACCGAAGCAGCGGCUCCGGCUCCUGUAAGUGCUCCAGCAACGGUGACGGGGACGGCGACUCCAGGCACAGAUGUUAAGAAGAAGAGAGGGAGGCCAAGGAAGUAUGGUCCCGAUGGCUCAAUGGCCUUGGCGUUGUCUCCCAUGCCGAUUUCGUCGUCAAUUCCGUUGACCGGUGACUUCUCCGGUUGGAAGCGGGGCAGAGGGCGGUCUGUUGAAUCUACGAAGAAGUCGUUUAAUAAGUAUGAGGUCGAAAGCUCAGGACCAGGUAAUGGACUCGCAUACUCAGUUGGUGCCAAUUUUACACCUCAUAUACUUACAGUUAACGCUGGCGAGGAUGUCAACAUGAAGGUCAUGUCCUUCUCUCAACAGGGAUCUCGUGCCAUUUGCGUUCUUUCUGCGAAUGGCAUGAUUUCAAAUGUAACACUUCGACAACCAACUUCUUCGGGUGGUACUUUAACUUAUGAGGGACGAUUUGAGAUUCUUUCUUUGUCUGGUUCAUUUAUGCCAACUGAGAAUGGGGUAACAAGGAGCAGAUCUGGUGGAAUGAGUGUGUCUUUGGCAGGUCCAGAUGGUCGAGUGGUUGGGGGUGGACUUGCUGGUCUGUUGGUUGCUGCAGGCCCUGUGCAGGUUGUCGUGGGUAGUUUCCUUCCAGGUUACCGGCAGGAACACAAACACAAGAAGCAGAAGACGGAGUAUAUAUCUACUGUCACACCUCCCCAUUUUAGUCCUGUCUCUGACCAAGAAUUUCAUGUUAGUUUUGGAGGAGUAAAGCCUAUUCUAACACCAGCUUUUCAAGGAGACAAUGCUGCUUGUUUUAGCAAUGUUCAAGGCUCCAGGGACUCAUCUACCGAUGAUAGAUCGUCCUUUCCUGAGAAGGAGUCCAACACCAGCCUAUCAAAUGCUGGGAUUCCUGCUUAAACAUGGUUGCUGGUAAUGCAAUAUUCUUCCCAAGUCACCCGCAUCUAGGCUCACUCACUCUUUCUGACACUUGACAUUUAACCUGUCAGGUUCCGGAUCAAGGGACCUUGAUAGUCAGAUGAGUGUUUUUAACUGUUGUUGUACCAGUUAAAACUUAGGCGUUAGGAAAUAUGUUUGUUGGGUAGGCUUUCAUGUGUCUGUUCUUAUGAUGUAUCUGUAGUGUAACAGUUAGAUGUAGGAAAUACGUUGUGCUAUUUUCUUCCUUUUUUCCACAUUGGCUCGGAAUGACCGAAAUGUUGAGUGGAAUGCGGGUGUCUUCUGAACUGUAACACUAAAUAUCAUUUGUUGUUGAAAGAAAAAAUUGCACCCGAGUUUUCAUCGUUA